UUUAUGUCUGAUAGCUGUGAUUCCUCUGUGCGCAUCCAGAGGGCGCGCGUGCAGAUGCCAUUAGAGCGCUGUCACAUGGUACCAUCAUCGCCAGGCGAGAGCGAGACACCGGGCAGGAGGAGGAGCGGCUGGCACGAAUCCGCGCGAUUCUGCUGUAACGGGAAACAGCAGCACGAGCAGCGCGUCCUCAGCAGCCAGUCCCCGCUUUGCCUGAGCAGCUGAACAAUGGGAAGGCGCCGAGCCCGUGAUGUCAAAUGGCACUCCGUGCGCGCGUUCCCCGCCACGCGCGAUCCCGAGCCCGCCGCGGACAACUGAGUGAUGGUGACGGAGGGCCACGGGGAAGCAGAGCGAAUUUCAGCCGCAGAGAGGAGAGAGGGCGCGGGGCAGCAGGGCGGACACCCCCCUCCACCCCCUCAGUCUCUAACCUGAAGCAACACAGGGCUUCAGGGAGGGAAGGAGCGAGUGAGACUGAGAGACAGAGAGAGGGAGAGAGGGAGAAGAAGCCUGCAGGGACUCCCAUUUAUUCAAGUGUCCUGUGGAGUGUGUGUUUUAAAGAGUGUGUGAGUGUGGGAGAGAGCCGGUGGGAGUGAACGAGCCAGCGUGUGUGAACACUUUCACAUGGCCUCGAUGCAGGACGGGGUGAACUUCACUGCUCCCCCCUACGGCAAGGUGUUGCUGCUCGGGGCCAUCGCUGCCGCCUCGGCUUUCGUCGUCACUAUCCUCAUCGUUGUGCUGUGUGUGGGCUGCCAGAGGAAGGGGAAGAGUCACAAUGGUACUGGUGAAGAGAGAAAGCACAGACUCAUGGACAUGAGUAUAUUGCGGCAGUCCAAGCUGCGCUCCAUCAGUAAGUCAGACACCAAGCUCCAUGAGAUGAACAGACUCAACUGCAAUGGCAAAAAAUCUUCAAAGAAGAACCGUCCAGCCAGCAUGGACCUGCUCCUGCUGCCCAGCCGCCGCUCCAACUCGGACCUUCGCUCGCAGGGCCGCCAGCUGCCCCAGAUCCCGUCCGGUGAGGACGGGGAGCACACGUACGCGGAGGUGGGCCGGCGCUCCUCCCCCACACGAUGUCCUGAAGACUCUCUUAGGGGUCGAGCUGGGGAGACGGACACGCCCGCGCCCCCAGCCGUCCCUGCUAAUACCCCAGCCCCACCUGACCCAGAUGGCGACGGUUUAGAAGGCAUCCCAGAACCAGAGACCAUUCCCCAGGUGGUGAACCAGCCCCCGCAGCCCCAGGAGACGGCCGAGUACGCGUGCAUCAGGAAAGUCCGCAAGGUGGACAAAGCCGCCCAGAAGAGGGACAACGGCACAGAGACGGAGGAGGGGCUUGGGCAGCAGCAGCGGCACAGCAGUGGAGAUCUUCGGCAUGCUCCGCCUUCUCAUCCAGCUCCACCCCCACCACACCCACACAGCCAGAAAAUGCCGCGCAAAAACGUGGAGACCUUCAACCUGCCAUCCUUCCCUAAGGAGGCGGUGUUUAUUGGAAACGGAGAGGAGUACAUAUGGAAGCCCCCGGAAGAUGAUGACAUCAUGUUCCAGCACAAGCACAUAGGCCCUCUGAGCCCACAUAUGGGAGACAGCAUGGCUGCUUCUGCAGCUGGGAUCUCAGAAAUGUACUCUAAAGUGUGUAAACCCAAUAAGAAGAAGCGAGGCAUGCCCGGCUCCCCCACGGCUCCCAGAGACAUCACUGGCUAUCGGACCUUGGCUCGCUGUGAACGCGGGGAGCGCGAUGGGGGCUUCAAUGUGGUGGUCAAGCCACAGACUUGGGCACCGCAGGAGAGCAAAGGCUCACGGGCGCCCCCUGGCUCCAUGGAGGACCACUGCUACGAGGCCAUCAGCACCGAGGAGAGCGAGUUGGCCUACGACCCCAUGGAGGGCGCAGGGGGCUGGAAGAGGGACAGGCCUCCGCCCAACGCCAGCGCCACUCUCCGGCCCAAGAAGAAGAAGCCCCAGCAGCCCUUGCAGCAACCGCCUCCGCCUCCUCCACCCCCCCAGCAGACACCCAAGCUGCAGCACCUGCCCGCCAAAGCCCUGCUGCUGCCCGGGGAGAACCUGUACGAAAGUAUUCCCGACCUAAAGCAGGGCUCAGCCACCUCCAGCACCACCACCAUCUUCACCUUUAACGAUGGAAUGGAAAUGUACGUCACUGGCCUGUAGAGGGAGGAGCUCUGUGAUAAAAGUGAUAUUUACGUCCGAAACUCUUCCCCCUCUCUGAGCCAAAUCGGGGAAAGAGAUGUGACGUGAAAACUUCGUAGAACAUGAGGGAGUUUUGCUCUUCCUCUUGCACUCAUUCACACAUCCUGUUUACAUUUCAGUUCCCAAGUAGCCCCACUCAUUGCCUUAUGGAAGCAGUCUGGGAAGGGGACUUUUAUUAUGGAAGAUAACAGGCUCGAGUCUGGAAGGGAAAAGCUGUUGUGCUGUACAUCGCCUGGUAUACACACAUUGCACUACCACUGUAUAUCUAACAUGAAGUACCAGUAUGUAUUGUGUAUUGGUUGAGUUUUGAAAGCGUGCCAGAAAAAAAUAAUACGAUAAAAUGCCUGGGGCGGAAAAGCACCCAGGAAAAACUCAGUUAUUCACUCCGAUUCAUAUCUUUAAUAAGUAAAAAGUGACCGAUCACUCACCAAAUGUUUAACAUAUCACUUUAACUUUAACUUAUUGCACAGAUAACUGCAUUAGAAGAGGGAUUCCCAAAUUAAGACACACCCCAGGAACCUGGUUUUUAACAGCACACUCACUUACCCAUUUCUUAUUCAUUUGGGUGACCAUCGGAAUUGCGGGUCAGACUUUAAUUUAACCUCUAGUAAUUUCCAAAGGAGAGAAAGAAAUGAGCACAAAAAAGCAGUUCUACCGGAAAGGUAGAACAUACCCACAGAGAAAAAUGUGUAGCACGAAAAAGUGGGGUCAGAUUCACAAAAAGUGUCCUAAGAAGAAUUGUUCAAGAAAAGUUAAUGAUUAAAAUGUAAUAUAUAUAUAUAUAUAUAUAUAUAUAUAUAUAUAUAUAUAUAUAUAUAUAUAUAUAUAUAUAUAUAUAUACCUUUAUUUCCUUCUUAAGAUUUGUUUUUAAUUCUAGGAGCAAAUAAAAAAAAAUCGUAUACUUUUUUCCUGCCUCACAAUUGCCAUACACUUGAAAUAAAUCUUUAGUAAUUUUGUAAGUGUCCAAUUGGUCACUUUCAUACUAAUUAUAGUUGUACGCACAAAUUUACCUAAUGGAGAUAUAAGGCCGAUGAUGGACUAGAUGACUUGUAUCAUUCAAAGCAUUGAGAAUUUGUUUUUUUCAUUGGUUUUAAUGUUUCAAGUUCGUGGACCCCAGAUGGUUAAAAAGUAAUUUAUUCUUUGGUAAAUUUGGUGAAUGAUGACAGUAAACAUGAGCAUCCUUAUUUUAGGAAUUUUCAUACUUUCUUCUUAGGAAAGCUUUGUGAAUCUGGCCUUUGACCCUUAUUAAAGCAUUAGCAAAAGAUAAGCUAGAGUAAAUCAAGUCUAACUUUUAAAAGCUGUUUGACAAUGAACAAAGAUCUUUAUCUAAAUUAAAAUAUAUAGAAAACUCAGUCCUGUUUUGGAAUCCAGCUUUAUCCAGAAGCUUUAGAAAAAUGUGUUGCUAUUUUUGUAAAGUAAAGCCUCUAUUUCUGUAGAGAAAUUAUAUGGGGAAAUAACUUAAAUAGAUAUAAAAACUAUAAAUUCUCAUUCACUGAAUCACACAAGUGCAGUAUUAUAUCACUUAUAUAAAUGAUUAAAAAUGAUGCCCUAUUUUGUUCACAAGCACAGAAUCUUAUAUACUGUAAGUCUUCUCUUUUAGCACUUAAUCCCUUAUCAGCCCCUCGUGUGAUGGAAAGGUGAUUUGAAAACGGUGAUGUAAUGAGAAAAAAGAAAAGUAAUGAUAUGAUAAUUACUGUAGCAAUUACGGAGAGCAUUAGGAGAAUUAGAAGAAGCUCAGGGAGAGUGAAAAAUCUAAUGGUAAUUGAAUUAGUUGCACACAAGCACUGUUUUUUCCUCUGAAGUGAAACAAAAUGAUAAGAAGUUAUGACGUUUUAGACAGAGGACCCUGGCGUGCUGAUGUGCCCAUUCAAAAUGGGGUUUUAUUUGUUUUUUUCAUAGUAUUUCCUUUUUAUUUAAAUGUUUUAUUUAGUUUGAGCUCAUAACAUGAACACUAGACUGGCUUUGUUUGAGUCACCACUGCCAUAAAGUACAGUACAGUAAGUGUUUUAUUUUGUCAAUACUGUUAAUGCACUUUGCCUGACAAAAAGAUGCAUGCUUUCAAAAAAACACAACAAAAAAUGACAAAAAAAACAACUUAACAAAGGAAAAAAGAAGCACUGUUAUGUGGUAUCUGAGAAUGGUUUAUUUCUUGCUGUUGUCAGUUGCUUAUUUGAUUUAAAUGCCUUUUCCUCCAUUAAAAGAGAGAAAGAGAGAGAGCACAAUGUUGUUUUGCUGGGGAAUCGGCGAGCCUGCUGUUAGGAUGACGGCUCGAGGAGAACUCGACCACAUGGACAUAAGGGGAUAAACGGAAGCAGAAUGCUGUGACUGACCACAGUAUAGUAAACAUAUCGUAGACAAUCCUUCUCCCUUCUGCCAGUCUGGAUGACUGCGAUUGGCCCCGCCUAUCUUGUAGGUGAACUAAACAACUGUAUGUAUGGUUAAGGUGGACUUUAAGGUUACCCAGCAGUGCUGCAGCACACCAUUAAAUGAUAAAAGAUAUCUAUUGUAUUCUGUAUAAUAAUUGGGAACUAUUAUUGGGAAUUAUUAUUUAAACACUAUUGAAACAGUGGUAUUAUGAUGGUGGCCUACAGUGAUGAUUUUUAAUGCCCACCUGCUGCUAUACAGCACAAAAAAAAAAAAAAACAGGCCGGACAAUGUGUUAUAUUUGAUGUUCUUUAAAAAGAAGAAGAAAAAAGGUUAAUCCCUACAAAAAGAAUUAAAAUUUCCUGUGAAAUUGACUGACUAAGCUAGCCUAUGUGGCCUGACCCUGCAGACAAAAAAAAAAAGAAAAGAAAAAACUGGAGUCCAGAACAGAAUUACUGUCAUGUAUGUUGGCGCGACAUUGUAAAUAUGUUACAAAGAAAAGAAGAAAAAGGAGUGAACAAAAUGAAGUGGCCCUAUGUGUUCUUGACGGUAUAUGUUUCUUUUUCCGGUUGUUCUUUUUGGAAUGAUUUUUUUUUUUUUAAAUGUUCCCUCUGGUGAAAACUUUGCUCUGUGAGUUUUGAGUUUUGACGUGUUUCGGGGUCUUUUGAUUUCCUCUCCCCUGCCAUUUCAGCUGUAAUGUGUAUUUCCCAGAUCAACUGAGUAUUAGUGUGGCAGCUGAUGUCGUGCGUUUGCUUAUCAAACAACAGGGUGGUGUGUAUUCAAGCCGUGUAAGUACUCAUGUGCAAAAGAUUGUAAUGUUUUUAUAACAAAAAUGACUUCAUAAAAAUGUCGGGUCAAGUUUAUACUUUUGUAAUAAAGUAGCACCUAAAAAAUGCUUUCACAUGCUG